GUGACUCUAGACAAAGGUCCACAGAGACGCUAGAUCUGGGGUAUCUCUAAACAAGAGUUUGUUUUUCUGUAGCUCAACACUGCCUAUCGGUGGAGGCAGUUUUUCCGAACCACACAUUUGAAUAGUUUUAACUCGAAUGGUCAGAAUGCGUCUCACCUUUGGAGCUUGGUUUCUGGCGACUCUUGUGGCGAUUCUUGUGGUGAUCACAACUGCAGAAUCCUUAGGAAAAUCGCGAAAUCGAGAGGAUCGUUUCGAUCUGGAGAACGAAAGCCUUAACUCUUGUGAAAGUGCCGAGAGUGGGGAAGAGUAUAGCACCUGCAGGGAGACACAAACUGAAUAUCCAAAGCGAAAGACAUUUCGAUUUGCCAUUUAAGUCAAAAUAAUUUGAUUGGAAAUAAAAUAGAUUAUUAAUAAGUAAAUAAUUAUAUCUUAUAUGUUAUAUCAAAUUUCA